CACCUCCUUUUCUUUUAGGUGAAGAAAACGCAGCCGUUCAUGUACAAGCCGACGUUUAUAAAACGCUGCGACGAAAUUCAAAGGUUCUCACGGCGUCAUAUAACGCCGCUUCUCACUGUCUUUUAUAAUAAAGAAGAUUUUCAAAUUUUGCCAAAAUCUUUUUUUUUUUGGUUCCAAUGGACGAGAUUUCUUCUUCUUCUUCUUCUCGUCCCGUUUCUCUGCAACCGUGCGGAUCCCCUGCUUGCAUGUCCACCGUACCAGCCAAUGAUGACUCGAAUCCAGCUGUCGAAAAUCGUUUUCCAUACCCAAGGCGGCUUAUCAAUAGAAAGAUGAAGAAAACAAUUGAUAAAGACGGAACCUCAUCUUCUUGCUCCGCUUCUUCCUCUUCUUCUAUUCAGAGAGGAAUGCGCGUGUCCUUCAAACGCCGGACUCCUAGGGUUCGGUUCGGUCCGGUUCGGCGAUCGGAGGUUCGUGACGUUGACUUCAUUGCGCUUCCUCUUGGAAUGUCCUUCGCGGCUGUUGUUGCUCAGGUUCUGGAGAAGAUAGAUGUCACAAAUGAAAGGCUGCCUCCUGAUUAUCUCUCAGUGAUCUGCACUUCAGCUGUCAGAGAAUCUUUAGCCAAUGUUUUCGGAGACAAGUUUGAUUCUUUUGUGAGGAACUUUGAGAAAUCAUUUGGAAGCACCUUGAGGACUCUUAGGUUGAUUAAUGAGUCAACGAAGCACAAGGAAAAGUAUCUGUCAAAUCCCAAUAAUGUGGAAAGUUCAACUUCAGAUGAAACUUCAAGCAGAAGCAGAUGUUAUAGAAGCUCUUCUGAAGUUGAUCUGCCUUCCAUUGCAACUCAAAAUCAAUUGAAUAUCCAUGAAGAGGUACAGGACAAUAUCCAAACUGAUUUCAUGAAUCGGGAACUUGCCAUUCAUGGACAAGUAAACCAACUGGCUUGUGUCAAUCCAAGCACAGGUUCUGUUGUAAGCCAGUCAGUGCUCAGUACAAUUGAGAAAUCAGUUAUAGAGCAAAUUCGUUCUAAUGACCUCAAGACAGUAGAGCUUGGUCUUACUAUGAAAAAGUUGAAGUUGAAAGAGGAACAACUAGCUCUAAACUUUGAUUCAAACCAUCUGGAGAGAUCAAAAUUAGCAAUGGGUAUAUCAAAGGCAUCCUUUAAAGUUGAAAAGUUCAAGAACCAACUAGAAGACACAAGACAUGCUGAGUUACUUAAAAAGUGCAUUGAUUGCCUUGUUGCUGGGUUGCUCAUCAUGUCAUUCCUCCUUAUGUAUGGUGCUUAUGUUUACUCUUACAAAAGGCUUACCGAUGCUACAUCAUCUUGUAAUCCUUCACUUGAGGAAACCAAGUCCUGGUGGAUCCCAAAGCCAGUGGCAUCUUUCAAUUUUGGGUUCCACACACUCAAGUGUCAGGUUCAAGUUGUAAGCCGAAUGAUGUUUGGUGUUUUGAUGAUUCUUGCAGUAGCUUAUUUGCUUAUACAACGUUCAGCAACUUCAAAGCAGACAAUGCCAGUUACUUUCAUACUGUUGCUGUUAGGAAUUGCUUGUGGUUUGGCUGGAAAGUUCUGUGUAGAUACCUUGGGAGGAAAUGGAUAUUGUUGGCUCUUCUACUGGGAGAUUCUAUGCCUGUUACACUUCCUGUCUAAUGUCUUUACAUCAGUGUUGUUCUUCAUUCUUCAUGGACCUGUUAAUGUAUCACAAGGGAUGACACAGAGCACACUGCUUCCGUUCUGGAUUCGGAGAUCACUAUUCUAUUCUAUCAUGCUUUUCGUUCUGCCCUUAUUUUGUGGUCUUACACCUUUUGCGAGCCUGAGUGAGUGGAAAGAUCACUUCUCGCGGCUGGUUUUAAAUGACGAUGAAGGAAUCUAGAGUUUGUGGAGAGCUAAGGUGAAUCCUGUGAAUUUUAAAGUGCUUAUGUGAGGUUUUCCUUCAACUUUUGGAGUAAUUAUUUUGAACUGGUUUUAGAGUGUAAUGUCCAGCAGGUGUUUUCUUACCUACAAAAAGGUUUGAGGUUCAAAGGGCAUCAUUGAAGCGUAAUUUGUUGUCAAAACUAGUGUACUAUUAUCAUUAUUUAAUAAACUUAUAUAAAUUAUGAAAACAGUCACUACCUUCUGUGUAAGGACGUUUGUUCUUGGUAUGAGAAUUUUGUCUUAUGAUCAAAACAGGGGAUCAGUAAUUUGGGGAGAAAAAUCUGCCCCUGCCCUGCACCCCAUUCCUUUUCUCAUCAGGGUUUUUACCUUCUCUCCGAAUUUCCAUGGAAUGUGAUCUG